GGGUCGCGCCACCGCUGGACUCCGAGUCCCUCCGCGCAGGCGGGCGGCCCCGGAGAGCUAGUGCCUGCCAAGGCGGCGGCGGCGGCGGCGCCCCCCUCAUCAUGAAUAGAAGCUUCUCCAGAAAGAGCCACGCGUUCCUGCCCAAGAUCUUCUUCCGCAGAAUGUCCUCCGCUGGGGCCAAGGACAAGCCUGAGCUGCAGUUUCCUUUCCUGCAGGAUGAGGAGACGGUGGCCACGCUGCAGGAGUGCAAGACGCUCUUCAUCCUGCGAGGCCUGCCGGGGAGUGGCAAGUCCACGCUGGCGCGGGUCAUUGUGGACAGGUACCGUGAUGGCACCAAGAUGGUGUCUGCUGACGCUUACAAGAUCAACCCCGGCAUUCGAGGAGACUUCUCUGAGGAGUACAAGCGGCUGGACGAAGACCUGGCCGCCUACUGCCGCCGGGACAUCCGCGUCCUGGUGCUGGAUGACACCAACCACGAGCGGGAGCGGCUGGAGCAGCUCUUUGACCUGGCCGACCAGUACCAGUACCAGGUGGUGCUGGUGGAGCCCAAGACGGCGUGGCGGCUGGACUGUGCCCAGCUCAAGGAGAAGAAUCAGUGGCAGCUGUCGGCUGACGAGCUGAAGAAGCUGAAGCCGGGGCUGGAGAAGGACUUCCUGCCACUCUACUUCGGCUGGUUCCUGACCAAGAAGAGCUCCGAGAGCCUUCGCAAAGCCGGCCAGGCCUUCCUGGAGGAGCUGGGGAACCACAAGGCCUUCAAGAAGGAGCUGCGGCACUUUGUCUCUGGAGAUGAACCCAGGGAGAAGAUUGAACUGGUCACCUACUUUGGGAAGAGACCCCCAGGCGUGCUGCACUGCACAACCAAGUUCUGUGACUACGGGAAGGCUGCCGGGGCAGAAGAGUACGCCCAGCAGGAUGUGGUGAAGAAAUCUUACUGCAAGGCCUUCACGCUGACCGUCACGGCCCUCUUCGUGACGCCCAAGACUACUGGUGCCCGGGUGGAGCUGAGCGAGCAGGAGCUGCCGCUGUGGCCAAAUGACGUGGACAAGCUGUCCCCCUCAGACAGCCUGCCCCGGGGCAGCCGCGCUCACAUCACCCUCGGCUGCGCGGGUGAUGUGGAGGCCGUGCAGACGGGCAUCGACCUCCUGGAGAUCGUGCGGCAGGAGAAAGGGGGCAGCCGAGGCGAGGAGGUGGGUGAGCUAAACCGGGGCAAACUCUACUCCUUGGGCAAUGGGCGCUGGCUGCUGAGCCUGGCCAAGAAGAUGGAGGUCAGGGCCAUCUUCACGGGGUACUACGGCAAGGGCAAGCCUGUGCCCACGCACGGCAGCCGCAAGGGGGGUGCCUUUCAGUCCUGCACCAUCAUCUGAGUGUCCUCACUGCGGUCAGCCCCUUGCUCCUUACAAGGGAGGGAGGGAGGGAAGCAUGCCGUCUGCUUGAUCUUUAAGAUUUUUUUUUUUACUCCAAGUUAA